AUGGACGCGUUAAAAAACGCCGGGAGGGCGAUUAUCAAGAGCCCCGGCGUCCCGCGGCACACCUGGGGAACUUCUAAGCACGAAAAGCUUCCGGAAAACUGGACAGACACCAAAGAGACGCUUUUGGAAGGCAUGGCGUUCAACGUCAAGUACUUGGGAAUGACGCUGGUGGGCCAGCCCAAAGGGGAGGACAUGGCGGCCGCCGCUAUCCGCAGGAUAGUGACUAUGGCUAGAGCUGGCGCUAAGAAGUUCCGGAAAGUGACGCUUACCAUCUCGCCCAAAGGCAUCGUCAUUACCGACACGGACACGGGCGACCUGGUGGAAAAUGUCUCCAUCUACAGAAUCUCAUACUGCACGGCAGACAAAAGCCAGGACAAAGUGUUUGCCUACGUGGCUCAGAGUCCCUUCAACGAGACGCUGGAAUGUCACGCCUUCCUCUGUCAAAAGAAGAAGAUUGCUCAAGCUGUAACUCUGACAGUUGCUCAAGCCUUCAAAGUAGCUUUGGAUCUUUGGGAGAUUGCUCAACAAGACAAAAGCAAAAAAGCGCUAAGCACGUGUUCCUCGUGCGCCGCCAGCAGUGAUGGACAUGCACAGAUGACUGAUAAUCCGUGUGUGGCCGCAGAAGCGACUGCGUGCACGUCUGUGGACGCCAACAAGAAGCCCCGUCGGCCGUUCCUGUCCACCUCCAUUAGCUCGCCCUCACCUCGCAGCAACCCCGCUCGCCGGCGAGCAUUCAAGCACGACUCCUGGGAUGUGGACGACGGACUGGACGAGCAUCUAUCAAGCAGUAUGGAAGUGGAGGAAACAUGCAGCGAAUGGUGCAGUCCGACGCCUGAACAGUCAUUGGCAAUGCAGCUUUGA